AUGUCAUUUUGUCGAUGCUGAUUUUGUAAAACAAGUAACUAGUUCUUAAUGUGAUUGAGCUUGAUCCUAGAAUAAUAAUUAAAUAAUUGUUUCUAACAAGAAACUCGAAAUUUCGAGAAAUUACACGACUGUAAUGCCUGCUAAAAUAAGAAGGUUUGAUAAAAGUCGCAGUUUCUAAGUUUCUAAAUAUCUUUUAAGAAUAUUGCCUCGAGAAAUGGCAAAAAGAGCGAAUCCCUUCAGUGAAGACUUUGUGCAGCAAAGAAAAAUUCAUGUUGGAAUUAAACAAUUUAACAAUAACAACGAAAGGCUUGAAAAAGUUUAUAAAAAAACACUGGAAAUAUUGUUUAAAGGUGCCAAGAAAACACAGCGUGAUAGCAAUAAAAUAGAAGUAGAGAUAAAUACCAAGAAAGAUGGUCUCAAACAGCUCUUUAUAGCUCCUGAUGGGUCACUCUUGCAUUCUGGUGAAAUGGUGAAGGUUGUCGCAUCCGUUGAGUGUGCGUGUGGUGAGGCCACGGAAGAUGAAUGCGCCUAUUGCGAGGCGGCGCUGUGUGCGCGCUGCGAGCGGCCGUGCGCGCGCUGCGCCCGUGUCUACUGCACACGAUGUUGCAUAUUUGAGGCUGAAGGAACAGAAGUGUGUGUGUCUUGUUACGGCUGAACUAUAGAUGUAAAUGUUGUGUUUAUGCUAAGAACAUUUUGUGAUGGAAAGAUUUUUGGAUAUAGUGUAGGGAUAUUGUGAUAUAGUGGAUUAAGAUUAUGUGAAUAUUGUUGCAGGUUUUUGUAUUAUGAUGGUUUAUAAAUAGACUAAAUGUCCGAAACUGGACGAAUUAUAGUGAAGUGAAGUUUAAAAUGUGUUAUAUCCUUGUUGCAUAUAAUAAAUUGCGUUUGUAUUUGAGACGGGCACUAAUUACUUUUCUUAUU